AUGAUGAAAACGGAGUCUUCAGGAGAAAGAUCAACCCUCCGAAGUGCCUCUCCUCACAGGAAUGCUUACAGAACUGAGUUCCAGGCGCUGAAAAGCACCUUUGACAAACCGAAAUCAGAUGGAGACCAAAAAACGAAAGAGGAAGGAGAGGCCUCGCAGAGCAGGGGAAGGAAAUAUGGCUCGAAUGUCAAUAGGAUUAAGAACUUAUUUAUGCAGAUGGGCAUGGAGCCCAGCGAAAGUGCUGGAGUUACCCCUAAAACCAGGGGGAAGGGUGGCCCCCCAUCACCUCAAAGACGAAUUAGGCCCAAAGAAUUUGUAGAAAAAGCAGAUGGUUCAAUUGUAAAAUUGGAAUCAUCCGUCUCAGAAAGGAUUAGUAGAUUUGAUACUAUCCAUGAUGGUCCUUCCUAUUCCAAGUUUACUGAAACUCGGAAGAUGUUUGAGCGAAACGCUCAUGAAACGGGACAUUCCAAUCGCUAUUCCCCAAAGAAGGAGAAAGUCAUUUCCAAUGAGCUUCCGGAUGAAUGGGGCAGCUCGAAGUCUCACAGAGGCAGCACUGAUUCACUGGACAGUCUUAGCCCAAGGACAGAGACCGUCUCUCCAACUGUGAGUCAGCUCAGCGCAGUUUUUGAAAACACUGACUCACACAACGUAAUCGCCGUAGAAAAAUCGGAGAACAAUGAAGAGUACUCUGUAACUGGUCACUAUCCGCUAAGCCUCUCGUCUACCGUUGCAAAUAUUUCCUCCCCAGUUGCAAACCUUGAGGGUUUCAGUCCUCUGAAAGAUACCAGCACGUGGUCUCCGCCAGCCAAACAGAGUACAGGCUUGAUGUCUGCUGAGAACUCUCAGCAGAACAGCACGCCUUCAGCACUGAGACAGAAGACGUCCACAGGCACUUCAGCAGGUUCAAAAACAACUGAAGAAGUAAAGAAGAGUACGGAGGCAAGUGCUGAUUCUGUUGAGAGCUCUGCAGCGAGUCAACAGGAUUUGGUCAAUGUGCUUGACAGCGAAAGAUCGGUGAACAGCUGCGCUAGGAGUAAGUCAAAAACAGAGGCAGAAGUUUCGUUGCAACAAAAGGAACGGUCAGAGCAUGCAGAGGGUAUCUUUGAUAGACCCGAAGCUGCAGAAUUACCAAGAAAUGUAGCUUCAGGUGUGGAUUUUGCCACAGAUGCUGUUUCAGAUGCUACUGAGACCCAUUAUGAUGAGCCAAGUGAAAAAGAAGUGCAUGAAGAUGUGAAUAAUUUUCAGAGUUCCCACGUGUACAUGCACUCUGACUACAAUGUAUAUCGGGUACGAUCGAGAUAUAAUUCUGACUGGGGAGAGACAGGUACAGAACAGGAUGAUCAGGAUGACAGUGAUGAAAAUAACUGUUAUGAACCCGAUAUGGAAUAUUCUGAAAUUAAUGGAUUGCCAGAUGAAGAUGAAAUCCCAGCCAACAGAAAAAUACAGUUUAGCCGUGCUCCGAUUAAGGUUUUCAAUACAUAUUCCAAUGAAGACUAUGACAGGAGAAAUGACGAAGUUGACCCAGUGGCUGCAUCAGCUGAAUAUGAACUUGAAAAGCGUGUGGAAAAGCUGGAGCUCUUCCCAGUUGAACUAGAAAAAGAUGAAGACGGACUUGGCAUAAGCAUUAUUGGAAUGGGAGUCGGAGCAGAUGCAGGCCUUGAAAAACUGGGAAUAUUUGUCAAAACAGUAACAGAAGGUGGGGCAGCAGAAAGAGAUGGCAGGAUCCAAGUGAAUGACCAAAUUGUGGAAGUUGAUGGCAUCAGUCUGGUUGGUGUUACGCAAAAUUUUGCUGCGGCUGUUCUUAGAAACACCAAAGGGAAGGUCAGGUGAGUAUUUUAGAAGAAAAAAAUUUGUGAUUGA